CAAACCAACAGCUAACAGGCUCUCAGUUAUUAAUUUAAAGGAAAGAAAAAAAGUAGAUAAACAACCUUUACUCUCUCUUUCUCUCUUCAGGUGCCGACAGAGCGCUUGUUCGAGCACCUUCCUCUUCAAUUCAUUUCUCACCAACUCUCUCCCUCUCUCUUCCUUGAGAUCUUGGAAACCCUAACCCUAACUUCUCCGGGAGCUUCUCGACCCUCGCCGCGGAGCGAUGGCCGUUGCACCGCGUGUCGCGGCCCGAGCCCUAGCCCUAGCCGUGACCGUCGUCCUCCUCGCCGCCCCGGCCGCUGGGAACUCCGAGGGCGACGCGCUCUUCGCCCUCCGACGGAGCCUCUCCGACCCCGACAACGUCCUUGAGUCCUGGGAUCCCACACUCGUCAACCCCUGCACCUGGUUCCACAUCACCUGCAACCAGGAGAACCGCGUCACCAGACUGGACUUAGGAAAUUCGAAUCUGUCAGGCCAUUUGGUACCUGAACUUGGAAAGCUUGAACAUUUGCAGUAUCUGGAGCUUUACAAAAACAACAUUCAAGGGACAAUCCCAGCUGAACUUGGUAAUCUAAAGAGCCUGAUUAGCUUGGACUUGUAUAACAACAACAUUUCAGGGAUUAUACCUCCAACACUGGGCAAACUGAAGGCUUUGGUAUUCUUACGGCUCAAUAACAACCAAUUAACCGGACCAAUCCCAAGGGAACUUGUUGGAAUUUCUAAUCUCAAAGUUAUAGAUGUCUCAAAGAACAACCUUUGUGGGACCAUUCCUACCUCUGGACCUUUUGAACACAUCCCCUUGAACAACUUCGAGAAUAAUCCUCGGUUGGAAGGUCCCGAGUUGCAAGGGCUUGCAGCCUAUGAUACAAACUGCUAGAUGAUGACUGGUGACACAAUGGCUUGGUAUACCGGAGGUUGCCAUAAUGAGCUAUCAUAUGGGUAGGGGGUACUUAUAUCUUGGUUUUGGUGUUGAAUCUAGGCCUUUCUGUAAAUCUACUUUGUAGCUGUCUGCUUUAUAGUUGUAGUGCAGGAAACACUGCUGCUUGAUGCUGUAUGUAGAUUGGUGGGUGAAUGUUUUCCUUGUACCACUACUAGUAGUGGAUUAGAAUAAAAUGAAGACAAAGCUAAUCCUAGAAAUUUAUUGAGCACAGUU